AUGGUCAACAGUCUUCUCUUUAGGUGGGAGGAUACCCCGGGUCUCAAACACCAUUGCGGCUUCUGCGAGCGACCCCUUUCGCAUCCUGGUGCGCGUGCCUCAUGCUUUGGAACCCACGCGGAACCAUGUCAUAGAUUCCAUCAGGUCAUGUUUAUGCGUGGUCGGGGGCACAUCUGCCAUUACUGCCACACGAUUGACGAGGCUCACUACACACGCCACCACAAGAUCGCCGAACAGCUGCGUGGCGUUUAUGAGAGCUGUAGUGAGGGCAAUUGGAACAUUGUGCCCUCUGAGAAUGAUGAGUGUGAGAGAGGAAGAGAGUCUGAUGCCCGGUCGGCUGACAGUAAAGAAAUUGAUCACAGUCCCACACCUGGAGACACACUGUCGUCUAAGCGAGACAGAAAGGAUGCAAAGCGACUGGCCAGGGCAGCAAGCAGAUCAAGGGUCAUCACCCAGGAGGAGAUUCGCUACGUCGACUCGGUGCUUCAUUCCGCUGAAGGCGUUUCCGGCAGCGAGGCCGACGGCCCUUGCAACCCCGAAGAAAUCGACGAGAUCGAGAAGCACCUCCGCUUCAACGCGCAUGUUUACAGCAACUCGAGCCGUCAUGACCUCAGAAAGUUCGCCCAGCUUCCUGAUGCUGACGUCGACUUCGACGCCGAGAUGGAGAGGAUCCUCGACACCUUCCGCAUCAGCGAGCUUGUCAAGCGCAACACUAGAACUAGAGGCCUACAAGGCAAGGAGCUUAAGACGUUCCAAACGCUGGUGUUUGAGUUCAAGAGGGCGGUCGUCGAUGAUCUUGUGUUAGUCAAGAAGGACUUUCUCGAAGUCAGGAUGCGUAGAGCAGGGUACCUCCGAUAUACAAACAAGACUGCAUAUGGUAUCGUGGAGGACAGAUACACGGAUAAGGAUUGGAAGACGGGAGAGCGCAUCCAAGCACCCACCUCGAGCGAUUCGAGUGGUAUCACCUCUCCGGCUGAUACUCUGAUAGAGGAAACCAUGAUGCUGCAAAGCAAACUACAGAAGAACUCACCGACACGACCAAGUUCUUCUAUCCACACUCCUGAUCAUCGACAUCUCCAGAAGAUCCAUAGGAGGAUCAAUGGUAACGACGGAGUUCACACUGUAGUCAUCGAGCCCUACCACGCUCCUCUACUAUCCAUGUCACCCAUCUCGAACCCGGGAAGUCAUACUGUUCAGCUGAAAGUAAUAAACAUCAAGGCUCCAAAGAUCGAGACUGAGAACACUCAGCACCCAUUCGGCAUGCCGCAUUCCAGCUCGCCUUGGUCGACGGUAGUCAAGGCCACAUGGGGCGGGAAGUCUCAACUACGCACUCUCGAUGGAAAUAUGAAAUCCGACGAUUCUCGAGUUAUCACUCUUCCAGCUCAUGAGUACCCGGAUAUAUCUCAUCCACAACUGAAGAAGCCAGAGUCGCCGGAAACUCGGGCUCCCGCGGUGCAGGCACCCUCUGUCGGGAAGUCUGUCAUUUUGAACGAACCCGAGGGAUUCGGAACGCCUAUAGGUGAGCCUGUCGGCCAUCCCGCCGUCUCUCAGAAGAAGGCGAAGAAGGUACAGCGGGAGGCAAAGCGCAAGGCCAAGAAGAUCACUGUGCGAGAGGAUGCUCCGUCGCAAGACAAUGAUGGCUCUGAAGAGGUUGACGACCAUAUAAGUGCGCCAUCGACUAGUGUGUUGUCACCUGUUGAUCGAGAAUACAACGAUAUAAUCAUUCCUGGGCGAAAUGAGACGGCAAAAGUCAGCCUCUCAUCACCCGAAGAGAUUGUUCAGUCCUAUAACUCCAAUAUCGAAGACGAGGAUGAAUACGUAUCUGAGUCCAAGCCUCCUCGUCUGGUGUCAAUAUCCUCAUCGCUCCCACCCAUACGAGUCACGCACCACGGUAAACAUAGACAUUGGAUGAAGUUCACACGCAUGUUCAUGGUCGAUCAACUGACCGCACCAUGCCUGCAGACUUACUCAGGAUGCGUACACGGCACCACGUGUCUGUUCGAAGUCAAUGACAUUCCAGACUGCCCAUUUCACAAGCCACACUGCGCAUGUGUCGACCCGGUCUCCGACCAAUGCUACCUCAUCUACCCCGGCUCUCCUGACGACAUAUGCUCUUCCGGCCCCUACAAUCGUCUCCGUGGCGAGAAUCUGAAAGCGAUAUACGAGCGAGACCCCACGUUCAAGGGCCGCAUCAUGCUCGCAGACGACGAUAUGGCCAUGUGGCUUAUGAACGACAAGCCCACCCGUCAUCUACGAACCCCCUCCAGCAUCAUCAACCGACUGGCCGACAUGCCCCAGCGCUUGGCCCUCGAAUAUGCAGACUUCCAAGACGGAUACAAUCGCGGUCCCCUGAUGGAGCAGGAGCGUACGUUCGAGCGCAUUCGCCUGACGAACAAGGCCAUGAAGAAACAAAUCACGAGGAAGAUGCUAUUAGCAUUUCAGCGCAAGACUACUGAUUGCAAGGACACAGCAUAUAUGUGUUAUUGUUACGGUGAGGCGCCAGAGAGGUACGAUGCGAGGACUAUGGUCAUGUGUUCGUACCGCGACUGCGAUAUCGGCUAUUUCCACAAAUCGUGUGUCAAGAAGCUGGGUGUGGAGAAGGUGAGCCAUUGGUAUUGCACUGGCUGUGAACAGCAGAUGGGGGUAGCGGCGCGUCAGCUGUUGCGGGACUUGGGAUGGACGGACAUCCCUGAUGAGCUGUUAGGCGCGCCUGAAGGUGCAGCGAGUAAGCUCAAGUCGAGGGUCCGCGAGCUGGAUGCGCCAGAAGUGAGGGCUGAAAUGACGGAGCUCGAAGCGGAGGAUGUGGAUUAG